AAAAGAAAAUAAAAUAAAAUAAAGAGAAAACCCUUCUUGCGCUGUUACUUCAACGCGGUAUCCGCUCCCAUUUGAAGAUCCCGCCAACGCGACGGGUUCCGAUCGAGCAGCAAGAGAAGGCCGAUAGGGAGAUUCUUGUUCCUCCUGCGGGUUUCGAUCGGGAUGGCGGACGCUGCCGCGAGGUUUGCUACGGGCGAUGCUUCGCGACCGCACCAUCGCCAAGAAGCGGGAGCGGCUCCGAACGUUCUUGGGUCGGGAGCACUCCAGCGCCGUCCGCCUCAUCCUUCUCCGGCCUCGACCACGGGCCUCACGGCCUCAAUUCGUCGACCGGCGGAAAUGGGCGCUCGAUCUGGCAACGAUGCCGAGCCUUCGUCCGACCGCGACUCGGCCGUCGUCGCGUUCCGUCGGAGGAGACGACACGAUAAGCGCGCAUUUGCACGUGCGGGGGCGCGUUCGCGGGACGCGAGCCAUCAGCCGCCUCGAGCCUCAACGGGACGCUGGGGACUCUCCGUUGCGUCUAGUGGGUCCCGCGACAUGUCUACGCGACAGUGAGGAACAAAGCAAAAAAAAGGGGAAAAGAAACGUGAGGUAGCGUAUGGCCUGCGGCACGUCGUGCGAUUUUGCAUCGCCACGUCACAGUUUGAUCUGGUGCGCCGUCCCUCGUUUGCCUGUCAACGCGGAGACCGCUGCCACGUAGAACUACCAAAUCGCCCACCCCUUCCCGUCUCCACCACCUGCUCCUCGGAUGCCACUGCCGCUCAUUUACUUGAUCUCCGAGGAUCCGUCUUGUGGGCCCAUCACUGUCGUCGAUGACGGAGCAGGUACGUGCACGAGGACUUGAACGAUAUGAUAACCUCUUUCAUAACCGGACAUCAGAUUCACCUUAAUGCAAAGUCCACAGAGA